AUGGCUCCGCUACCACCCACUUUCAACGUAUGCGGGUCCCUACCACUUCCCACUAUCCUGACAGGGGCGCCCACGUUUCCUCACUCGGGAAUCCCGUGCACACGCACACGUUUCUCCUCCCAGCGCGCGCACCUGCCUGGUAAGCCCGCGCGAGAUCCUCUCGCCUCCCGCGUGCGCUCUUCUCGCCACUCGCGCGGCAUCCUAUCGCCCCCCCGCACGCGCUCCUCUUGCCUCCCCGCGCGUCCUCCUCUCACCAUCCCUAGCGUGCUCCUCUCGCCUCCCCUCACGUGCUCCUCUCUCCACACCAUGCGUGCACCUCUUUCCUGUACCUCGCGUCCUCCUCUCUCCUCACCUCGCGUCCUCCUCUCUCCUCACCUCGCGUCCUCCCCUCUCCUCACCUUGCGUGCUCCUCUCUCCUCACCUCACGUCCUCCUCUCUCCUCACCUCGCGUCCUCCUCUCUCCUCACCUCGCGUCCUCCUCUCUCCUCACCUCGCGUCCUCCUCUCUCCUCACCUUGCGUCCUCCUUUCAACUCACCGCACGUCCACCUUUCUACUCACAUUGCGUCCUCCUUUCCUCCAAAUCACCAACACCUCCGUUGGCGUCGCUGAUCGCGUCUUUUGCCCUCACCCCCGCCCACACUCUUGCAACGGCGGUGCUUCCGCAGUCCCCCUGCACACCCGCAGAAAACCCUCGUUGCACGCCCUCUAUUUCCCACAUGUACGCCCUCGCUCCCCCUCUGCUCCUCUUGUCCCCCUAUGCUCAUCUUACCCCCUUCCGCUGGUCCUUCUCCUUUCUGCACCACUUCCAACCCGAAGCUCCGCUGUUCCCCCUAUGCCCCUCUUUUUCCGCCCAGCUCCACUUUUCUCCUGUGAGGCUCCUUCGCUCUCUGCUCCUCUUUCCCUCCUCUGCUCCUCUUGUCCCCCUCUACUCAUCUUUGCCCCCUCACUCCCUUCCAUCCCACUCAACUGUCACCCUCCCUCCCUGUUUAUCACCCUAUUUUUUGCCUCGCAUCCCAAAUGUUCUGACACCACCCUCCUCACAGCUUCCCCACAUUGGGAUUCCCACCUCAUUAUUCAUAGUUUCUGAGUAUUCUGUCUUCAAAUCUGACAUCCAUCACUAG